GUGGGAUAACCAGUAGUUCAAAAUUUGUUGUCCUACAGAUAGCCGCUUCAGACAGACUCAAUGAAUUCUUCAGCAGCACAAAGGUCUGAGUGUCCGCGCUGCGGUACAAAGUUUGGGCAUCGGUCCUCUCUCGUUCGCCAUCUGAGAAGAAACUGUAACGAGCCACAAGCGAACACGAUUCGGCGCAAAUCAUGUAGUCAAUGUGCGUCAGACAAGACACGAUGCAGCCUGCAACGGCCCAAUUGCUCGCGAUGCACAUCGCGUGGACUGGCCUGUCAAUAUCCAACCCCGAGUUCCGACGCCGCGCCGGCCAGUAAUGAGAUCCCGCAGGCUCCGGUAUUGGAUGGCCACUUUGAUGGCUUGCAUAUGUUAUCGCAUGCUCCAUUGGCGCAGGUGGGGGAGGUGGAGCCUUUGUCGGACUCCAUUUUCUCCAACCUAGAUGACAUUGACUUUAACAACUUAGGGAGUCUCCCAUGGUCAUUGCGUCGAGUUGAGGAUGCUGGAACCGGCAUAGUAAUCAGCGACGAUCAAAUGAACCAGAACCUGGCAACGCCUGAGCUCAUAUCUGCCCCGCUAACCCCGGGGCUAGAAGCAGCUCAGACGCCGGAAACUGCGUCCGAGGCACUAGUUAACCACAGCAUGGAGAUCAUCUUCCGCGUUGUCCGCACAUGGCCCAAGAUGCUGGCCGAAGAAUUCCAACUUCCUCCACUUGUGCAUCCCACUCAAGUGUCGCCUAAUAAAACGGCCCAGCCCUUGGCGCAUUGCAUCACGUUAUCGAAGAUGUGGCACGGGCAAUGCAAGGGAGCAGAGCAAAUGGUUUACAGCACCAUUCUCCGAGAACUCACCAAUCUGCUAGAUGAUUUUCGCGACUACGACGAGGAAACCCUCCUCGCAGCGCUUCAAGCUGUAGUAAUAUACACCAUCAUCCUCCUGUUCCCGUCCAAAGACGCCCUCUGGAAACUCCCUGAAGACAGCACCAUCUUCUUCCAAACACAGCGUCUUGUUUAUCACGUUGUCAGCACAGGGCUAUUUCUACAAGAAGAGCGAGAACAAAAACAACCGUCCUUCUACGCCUGGCUACAUGUCACGUCUAAACGCCGGGCCGUGCUUUCUCUCUACCUACUACAAUGGGCAUAUUCGGUCUUCCACGGCACUUCGUCGUUCGAUUGCAAAGAGCUGGGGUUUAUGCCCGCCCCUGCGGCGAAGAUCCUCUGGGAGGCGCACGAUGAGCACGCGUGGAACACGCGGUAUAUUCGGUGGCUGGCGAGAUGGGGUGGUCAGGGGUAUCUGCAGGGAGAGUUUGAUAAGAUCAAGCGGGGGAUUGUGAUGGAGGCGAGGGCGGAGAAGUGGCUGGAGGAGACGGACGAGUUUGGGUUUAUUAUGAUUUCUAUUGUUAAUGCGACGGAUUAUCAUCCGCCUUUGUUUGGGGCUUUGGUGUGCUAA